CCAUAUUUUCCAAAAAAAUUGUUAACAAAGAUUUGAUUGGAUUUUGCCAAGUUUAUUCAACCCUAAAUGCAUUCCUAUAAGUACCUAACAGUCACAAAAACCUAGGGGACGAGAAUUCUGCAGCAAGAGGGGGUUUUGAAGCUCUCAAAAUUUCAAGAAAUUGCAAAAUCUUUGUUGUGGUUACAGAUCAAUUCAGAGAGUUUUGAAGAUCCAAGAACAUUCCUGAAGCGUGGCUGAACGUUUUGCAAUCAUAUUCGUGCACUGAGACAUCAAGAAUCGUCACCAAUUCUGUUCGGUUUGACCACUUUUAUCCAAUUCCGAUUUCGACUUUUCAUGCAUUAUAAAUGAAUUUGAAUUGCAUAUUUGCGUUUACAAUGAUGUCAUGAGUGAUUCUGGAAAUUUAAUUGUGUUUAUUCGCUUGCAUACGGAAUCCACCAUUGUUAGGGUUCCAAGCUUUGAAUUAGGAUUUUUUUAUUUAGAUGAAAUUGGCCCGUAAUAAGAGUGCAAUUGACUUCGGUAUGCGAUUUUGGUUCGAUUCGUGUCAUUAUAUGUUGUUUAUCCACUCUAUUUCCAUAGAUGAGUAUGCACAGGGGUGAAGAAAAACGAAGCUUCUACGAAGAGGAUGAAGUUGCUGGGCGCGGAUGUAUUUUCAAAAAUCUGGGCAUGACGUUUUUAUAAUAUAUUAUCUUAUGCUUUCGUGUUAAUAACACCAAACUGAGCUUGGCGCAGUGGCAAAGCAAAGGAACGACCCAAGGCGCCUGGGUUCGAUUCCUGAAGGCGCCACUCAUUUGUUUAUUUUUGCAGUAUACGUUUCCCAAGAAUCCAGCGCGCCUGGCUAAACGAAGGUCUACGAUACACCCCUAUGUAUAGGCCAUUGGAUCUCCCUCUACCCAGAUCAAACGCCUGGGAACGCGUAGCACCACCAUACACCAUCAAAGACAUACCACACUUAAUUCCAGCUAAGCUUUCCAACUUUCUCUUCCUUUUAAUUAUAUAAUAUGUUAGUUUUUUAUUUUGUUUAUCCUUUUAAUUAUAUUUUUUCUUAACAAAAAUUAUUUUUAAACUCUUUUCAUAUAUAUGUAUGGGAGGUAUUAAAAUAAAAUGUUCAUUUUAAUUAUUGUUAACUAUUUUAUUUUUUUUGAUUUAAAUCAUUUAAAUUGUCUAAUUAGUUACAAAUAUUUUAAAUAAUUAAUCAAAAUACUUUUCAGGAUUAGAAAAUGUAAUCGAAAUUUUAUUUUUCCCGAUUUAUUUAAUUAGGUUGAAAACCAAUAAUUAAUUAAUUGGACUUUUAUUUAUUCUAUUAACUGUAGUUAACUUGCGCCCUUGCGCCCUGAUCAGGGUUUGUGACGAACAUUCAAAUACACUGAAUAUCUCUUAUGUGCCUUUUCAGGGUUAUCAACAGGGUUCACUCCGACAACGCGUCACGUCGAAUUCAAAAGCUAAGUCUUAAUCUUUAAUUAUUUAAAUACUUUCCUUCCUUUUAUUUAAUUAGGGUUCAUUCUUAAAUAUCAAUGAACUGUCUGUACACUCACGCCUUGUUAUUUCUUCUGUCAAUUCUCAGAUGGUCAGAGUCAAUGCUUCAGGAAAACCUUUGCCCACCAACCCUGUCAGGGCAAAUGCCAAGCUAAGUACUCUUCAUUCAUUUACUUUUAAUUUCUUUAUUCUUUUGUUUUUUAAGAGUUGAUAAUGUUUGCCUCUGAACCGAUAAUGCACUCACCUUACUAUUGCUUCUUAUUUUUCCCACCUUUCAGGGUUUGCCAAAUGCCAAAGCUUCGAAUAGUCGGUAACCCUAAACCCUGAUCUUAAUUAUUACUUGUGUUAGACCUAUAGCAUUAUUAUUCCGCUGGUUUCGAUUUCCCUUCCCCCGCUGGUUUCAUUUUCCCUUCCCCCGCUGGUUUCAUUUUCCCUUUCCCCAUUAUUAUUUUAAUUGUUAAUAUUAAUUGCCGUGGUUAGUAAUUCUAGGGAGUGCAAGCCUGUAAUCAACUUAGAAUAGUUAAUUAUAAGAUAAAUAACUGAAUUUAAUCACGUGAUUGUUGCACCCACGCACACUUUUGGGGUAACCUCUCUGUUGCCUGUUGCCUGUUGCAUGUUGCCUUGUGAUUUUCUGCAGAAUAGCCAGUCCCUCGAAUACGAGGAUACCUCAGCCAUGUUGCCUCGAUUAAAGGUCAUGGUCCCUAAUGAUGCUGCCUUCGAUACACUAACAUGACCUCGACCCUCGGAAGUUGCCUACGGAAAAGGCUGAGGUAUCUUCUGGUUGCCUACGAAAGGCUAUUCUGAUCCUUCCCCUUAGACUACCUGCCUCUCUAUGGCAUGGGUCAGUCUUUGAGCGAAUGAUAAUUCGAUGACCCUUCUACCUCCAAACGAAAGGCUUCCUGCCCUCUUAUGGCAAGGACUGACCCUUUCAUUCUGAAAGGCAAAAAGAGACCUAUCAUCUGAGUUUAAGGUAAUUGCCCCUAAUUGCCUUGCAAUGCUCAAACCUUUUUAUUAUAUUCUUUCUCAUAAUUUUUCAAAAGGGCAACGCUUAUUCACAAGCUAAAGUCCCUAUCUCUCUCAUCUACUUUUUCUAAAAACAAACGAGCAAGCAAAGCAAUUAAGAGCCUAUGGAAAACCAUGGAUGCAAAGGGUGCCUUACACCUUCCCUUUGCAUAAAUUACCCCCCGAACUUAGAUUUCUUUUAAAAGGUUUUUUUCUGUUUCUUUUUGCCUUUCUGAUUUAGUUUGGAUAAAAUAAAAGUCGGUGGCGACUCUUGCUUACCGCGACAUUUCGAUCGAUAAAAAGUCAGUUCACCGUAUUACACACCACAUAUCAUGACCUUAGUCAAGACAACAGAAUACACAUGAAUGUUUUACCACAAAAUGCAGCCAAUCAAAACAUCUACAGUUACAUGUUGAUCAUUAGCAAUGAGAUAAAUUGAAUCUUAGAAAUAAAGAGGUUUCUAGCUUCCACAUUCAAGAUGACAAAUCUUGAAAUAGUGGACACUCUUUUUGAUCAAAGUAAAGCGAAAGAGUUGGGGUUAAAAACAUAAUCGAACACAUUCAAGAUGAAAGAUCUUGGACUAGUUGACACUCUUUUGAGGAUCAAAGUAAUGCCAAAAUAGUAGGGGUUAUGAACUUAGUCAUAUACACUUUGUUGAGAAAGUUCUUGAUAAGUUCAAAUUGUCACGUUUCAAAAAGUGAAUAUUCAAUUAGAUCUUAGUGUCAAAAUGAUGAUGGAAGAGUUGUGGCUAUAUUAGAAUACACAAGUGAAAUUGGUUUUAUAAUGCAAUGUACUAUAUGCAAUAUAGCAGUUGCAAUUAGUAAAUGAGUAGAUUUACUAGAAAUCAAAUAGUGAGUAUUGGAAGGCCAUCACAAGGAUUUUCGAUCAUCUUUUAAAAAAAAAUCAAAACCUUGACCUCCAUCAUGGUAGGUUUCCUACCAUAUUAGAAGGAUAUACCAAUAUGAGUUGGAUAUCGAGUGUUGGAGAUCAUAAAUUUAUAACUGAGUGGAUAUUUACACUAGUUGGAGGUGAGAUUUCUUGGAAGAGCAAGAAACAAACAUGCAUCACUCUCUUGACCAUGGAGCCAUGGUGUGUGGAUCUCGCUUCCACUGGUCAAAGAAGUUAAAUGGUUGAGGGACCUUCUAUCGGAAGUUCCAUUGGCUAAAUACAAUGUUUCAAAGGUGUUAACACAUUGUGUUAUUCAAGCCAAUUUAGCAAGAUAAUUCAGAUAAGUGUAAAAUGGAAAGUCUGGGCACUGAGGCCUUAGACAUUCGUGAGAAAAUUUAUUAAAGAUGUAAUCAUUUACUCGCAUUUACACGAUUGAUCUAUAAUUUGAGAAAUUCAUUUACUAAGCCACUGGCCAGAGACUUAGUAAAAACAACCUCGAGAGGUAGGAGGUUGAAACUCCUUGAGUAAGAAUUCCGACAACGGCGGCAACGAUUCUUACGUUAACAAAACAUUAACCUCAAGAUUUUCAAUGGGUAACAACAAGUCGUUGAUUUGGAUAAUUGUCAAACAUUUCGUGGUAAUAUUGACCUUAAAACGAGGGUUGAGUUUUAUUUCAAACUCUUGAUGAAGUUCAAAACCGAGGGUAUGUGUCUCAUGGAAAAAGACACAAUAUGAACUUCACCUAUGUGAAUUUCGAGAUGGUGUCGUCUCAAAGUGAGAGUUGGAGUUUCUCUCAUGAAAAAUUCAUGAAACGGGAUAGCAUAUGGCCAUAAAUAAGUGCUAGGCGAGAAAUGUAGGCAAAGAACCCUUAAAGAAUGUGUGUAACAUAACGCCGGUAUAAUCAUAUGGAUUAAUGGUUUAAAAGCAUUUAGACUUUGCGUUAUCCUUACUAAGAUUAAGUUUAAAAUCGAAAGAUACUUAAUUGUAUUAACAUUCUUUUUUUCGCUUUUUUCUGGAAUUGAUCUUGUCAUUAUUAGAACAAGUGGGGGAUUAUUGGAAAUUAUUAAUACUUAAUAAUAUUUAAUCACCAUAGGUGUGUUCCAAAAUGACAAGAAAAUAUCUAUGUGAAGUUUGUAUUUUGAAUAUGAAAAUUGGCAACACUUCGUGAAGUGUUGCAAUAGGAUGUUUGUAGUUUGAAUCAAAAAUAGGCAACACUUCGUGAAGUGUUGCAGAAUGAAAACAUGCAACUCUUGGUAAAUGUUGCAAUAGGCUAAGCAUUGUAACUUUUGGAAAAGGAAUCGUUUCAGGAAGGGUCGCUACCUUAUGAAACAAUACUAAAGUGGCCUAUAAAAACUUCAUUUUGGAUUCAGAAAUCAAUAACAAAAAUGUACAUCUGAUAAGCCUAUCAUAUUCACUAAAAUUCCAGACACUCUUCGCUACAUCCGAGUUUUCGUCUUCCUUUUUAUUGAACCAUUGGUCAAAGUUGUACCAUAAAUUAUCUCGACCCAACCGAUCUUCUUCGAAGGAUCGCAACAUAAAAAUAGGAACAUGGAUUUUGUUGAGUAGCAUCAUGUUGGGAUUUGCUUGUGAGUUUUCAACUUUUAUGAGUUUCUAUGAAUGUGUGUGUAUUUGUGGGUUUAUGAUUUUAGGAGAUGUUUUUAUUCGGGUUACCUCUUUUAAUUUAUUUUUUUGGAUUAUUCCCUUAAAAUAUGAAAAGUUCUAUGAUUUACCCCCUAGGACUCCGUGUAAAGUUGUUUUUUUGAUUUACCCCAUGGUUUUCACUAUUUUUUACACGCUUAGGGGAUACCCUAAAAAUACAGGAAGUAAUUCAAAAAUAAAUUAAUUAAUAAGGAGUAACCCGAAUCUUACCUAUAUAGCAGGGGAUAAAUGUUUAUUAUCCCUUUUAUUUAUUACGUGUGUUUUGUUUGGGAGGGUUGUAAGAGUUGUGGGAGUAAGAGUUUUUCAAUUCAUUAUAGUUGGUGUACUGAUAAGAAUGUUGAGUAUAAGGAUUUUGGAUCAUUUAUAGGGGGUUAAGGGUUUGGAUUUUGUGUAAUCUAUAAUAUAAGAAAGAAAAUUGUGCCGGAUUAUACAACUUAACCCUAGCUUUAUUAGGUGACAAAUCUCACUUAUGGGGGCAAAUUAGGUCCAAAGUAAUCAUUUGUCAGGCAAUUAGAUGGUAUUAUUUACAUAAUUGGGACCUUUUGUGCCAUUCCUUCGCUGCCGCCAUUAUUUUAUAUUAUUCUAGCCAUUAACCAGUUGCAUAUGGACGAGAAAAAGUAGAAAAGUUUUCUCUGCAAAACAGCAACAGCAGUCAUGGUCUUCCCAAUGAAUACACUGUUUGCAGGUAUCAUUCUUUCUUUCCUUCUCUUUCUUUCUUUUCUCUUCUCUUUCUUCACAUUUCCUAUCUACCUGGUCUGUCCGGAUCAAACCUAACACAAAAAACCUAUAACAGGUAUCAAUCUUUCUUUCCUCUUCUCUUUCUUUCUUUCCUCUUUUCUUCCUUCACUUUUCACUUUUCCCAUUUGCUGGUUUUGUAGAUUUUCAUGGCUAGACCGUUUGAGCUGGUGAAGAACAUUAAUGAUACGAAGGAGCUUUGGAAACUUGUUGUUCGUAUCCAUCACAAAUGGACAGUUGUUAAUAAGAACAAGGAACAUUUUGAGUUGGUUGUCGUUGACAAAGAUGGUUGUGACAUCCAUGUCAAAGUUCCACAUCCUUUUAAACAAGCCUAUGAUUCACUAUUAACCGCUGACAACACUUAUACAAUCUCGAACUUCCAAGUCUCUCUUAAUGAUUUACUUUUCAAGCCUUCAGAUCACAAGUUUAUGUUGACAUUUACUGGUGGUACAUCUGUUACAGACAAGAAUAAACAUGAUAUUCCUGCAAAGCCACUUAAAUUCACUUCUUUUACUGAUAUCAUGACUGGGAAUUGGAAAAAGGAUGUUCUAAUAGAUGUCAUUGGAAUGGUGACAGAAAUUGGUUACAUCCAACUUCAACAAGGGGGCAAGAAACAGCAGAUCAAUCUAUUGUUGAAAGAUUUGUCGGACAACAUUUUGAAUUGCACUUUGUGGGAAGGAUAUGCAGUGCAGUUCCAUGAUUUCAGUAAGAAUCGAAAGGAUACCACUCCAAUCAUAAUUGUUUUGCAAUAUGCAAAAGUCAAGGAAGAAGCUCUCAUUUUAUUAUACAUGAAAGUAUCCAUUGUCUGUUUCCAACACUUUCAACGUUACAAGGUUGCAUGUCAAUGAUGACUUACCUCAGAUAAAAGAUUUUAUUGGAAGCCUACCAAAAUACACUGAAUCGGAAUCUUCAAGCCAAGCUUUGAGUUUGCAGUCCCAAACUAUGUCACAAUACUCAAAUUCUUCUCAGCACAUUCUUUAUGAUAAGCUUAUGUAUAAGGCAACUGUAUAUCCUUUGGCUGAUAUUGAAAAACUCAAGGAGCUGGCUCAAUGUGUUACCGUGGCAACGAUCACCAAACUGAAAGCUGCUCAAGGUGGAUGGUAUAACCAAGCAUGUCAUGAGUGUCCUAGGGUUGCCAAAGGAAUGCUACCACCUUAUGAAUGUUCGCUUGGUCACAAAACAGAGACUGCAAUUUACAGGUAUAAAAUUUUAAUUGAGGUUUUUAAUGCUGGAACUAAAGCUACCUUUGUAAUAUGGGACCGUGAAGCUUUUCAACUUUUGAAGGUCACUGCUGCUCAGAUGCGCACUAACUUGAUUGAGGCUGGCAUUACGGACCCUCUUGAGUUCCCUGCGGCACUUGAUACUUUAGUUGGAAUGACCAUGGUUUUCAAAGUCAAGUGGCAACCUGACUGGGACAAUGGAUCUGUUAUGUCUAUACUUGAGGAUGACAUUGUUAAAAGGGAUAUACUGCGUUCGUUUGGCCAGGAAUUGCCUGAUUCCCAGAUGAUAACCACUCCUAAUCUAACACAGAACAAUGAGAGUGUUGCUGAAGCUUCUCAUUUGGACGAUUGGGACAUCAUUCCGGAAACCGAUAUUACGUCUAAUACAUUGUCGGAACCGCUUACACCAACAUCAACUGCCAAACGGAUUGCUCCGCAUGAAUCACAAGACAUUACUCCUUUGUCUCAGACGCCUGAAGGACAACAGUCUUCAACAAAAAUGAAAAAACAUAUCAAACUGGAGAAUUAGAUUGCUUUCCAUGAAUAUUUUGUGAAAACCUUCUUUUGUAAUAUGAUUAAGUAACCUGUUAUGAGGUUUUCAGUUCCCACAAAACACAUAACUACUUUUCAGU